AUGCAGAUGCGAAGACAUGCCUUGUUGAUGCUGUUGAGGAUUCGAAUUCUGGAGAAGGGAUCCCAUCUUCAGCCGAUCCGAGACCAUCUUCGGCUCUGGAUCCCUGGUCCGCCCCUUCCACUCUUGGCCCUCCGGGAACACCGGUGGGGCGAGUCUCGGGCCAUGUGUUCCGGUCAGCCGGAGACCAAGACGACCAAGACGACCAAGACCGGCCCCGAGCUGGUGCCCAUGACGCCGGGCAUCGGGGAGGUGAUUACGAUGCUACGGUCCGCUGAGGCGAGGCUCCAUUUUGGAGCUCCACUGGGCGUACUGGGCCUCGUGCUGAUGUUGGCGGGGGGUGUGUGGGCGCUCACGCGCUUCCUGGUGAACAAUAGCUUCAUCUUCCUGCUCUUGGCGGGCUUGAUGUGUGUGCUGGUGUCUUUGGCCGCAGAUCCGAGGGGAUUGCUGCGAUACGUGCCAGAGGAGAUGCAAGACUUCCUCUUCAACAAGAGAGUGUUUGAUAUCCUCUAUGACGAUACGCCCGUGAUCAAUGCCAUCCGGAAGUGGGGCCCAGUUCAGCUCUUGAUCUCUCAAGAUGGAACAUCUCAGGGAGCCAUUCGGCAUUUGGUCGAGCAUACCGAGCCAGAGGUGCUACGAUUUGUACUAUGCCGGAGCUUCUUCAGUUUCUUGCCCGGCCCUCUUCGCUUGCUACUUUUGCCUGCCCGAAGUCUUUCAAAGGAGGGCCUAGAGGAGUCCGAUACUCCACCCUCUGUGGAGUGGGUGCAGGACUUCCUUCAAGACCGGAAUGAGAAGAAGCAGCAAAAGAUCAAAUAUCCUGAGUUGUUGCCACUCGUGACCAAGACCAUGGGCUUGGACUUUGCGCCCUUCAAGUCCAUCGGCAGAUCCUUCUUCCGAUGGCUCUCUACCUUCACCUUCAUUGGAGGUUUGGCCUCGUGCCUAGUGUCUGCAGGGCUUCUUUUUCCUGAUUCCCGAGCGGUGCAGACGGUGACCGGGGGCUUGAUCCGUGAAACGAGGACGUCGCGCCUCGCGGCAGCCUUAACCCUUUGCAGCGCUGGCGGGGCCAUUGCCGUGUCACUCUUCUUCGAGCGCUGCCAUCGGCUCUUCGAGGAAGGUGGAAGGCUUAAGGAGCGAGAUUGGCACGUGACCGAAGCAGAUGAUGGGGAAGGUGAGGAGGAGGAUGGAGUGGUCUUUCAGGAUGAGCAGCCCAGCAAGUUUCAGGAGUACAUGAGCAUCUUCUUUGACUACAUCUUCUGGAUCCUUUUAGCCUAUUGUGCGGUGAAUGCCUUGAUUUGGCUCGGCGAGAAGAUGGGUCUCAUCUCCCCGCAGUUCGAUGAAUGGAAUCCCGUGAGGUGGUUUCAUCAUGAUGCCCAUGGCCUGCAGAAGGAACUUUACAAGAACGCAACCGCUAGUGCAGUGACGGCUGAGCAGUUUUCCAGCCUGAAGAACUGGAUCGAGGGUGGACCUGGUGGAUGGGUCAGUCCCAAGUUGGUAGUCAAGGACUACCUCAGUGAGAAAGGGCGCUACGAACGUCGACUUGAGACGACCAUGGCCGUCGGGAAGGAUGAAGUCCUUGUGAAGUUGCCUUUGUCUCACGUACUUUCUGCUGAUUUUUGCCAGCAAGACUUGACGGAUCAGACGAUCAGACAGGUGGUGGAUGCUCAAAAGAAGAGCUCGGAACCUGUGGACAUUGCGCCAUGGACCUGGAUCACUUUGUACACCUUGGCCCACGCCAAAAAGGAUCAUUCGGCUGGCUGGAGAUUUGACACCCUCCUGAAGAAAGAGUAUGUCGAUGCUGCCCUGUCGUACAUGCCUUUGUUCUGGGACGAUGAAAGCUUGAAGUGGCUGAAUGGCACCGACCUUCUGAACGUCCACAUUCUUGAUGUGCAUGCCGCCAUCGAGCCCGGCCGCCCAGCUCGCGACCCGCGACCCAGCUCGCGGCACCCGCGCGACGCGCCAAGCCGCGCGCAACGGCGCUCGAACAGCACCGCGCGCGCCCCUGGGCGAGCCCCCGGCGGGCGACCGCCGGCGGCGAGCCCCGCCGCGAGGACGGAGUACCACAAGUUGACCUACUUGGUUCCUAGCAUGGAGUCCUCCGUCACGGUGGUCGAGUCGGAGAGCCCAGAGAUGCGAGGACGGAGAAGGGAGAAGGAACAGAUCAGAUCCGGAAGCGGAGGGGGGCAUCGGUGGGGGAAGAUCUACCGUAGAUUCGUAGAUGGGGGUGUGGAGAAGACAGGGGACCGCUGUGCCAUGCGGUGCCUCGUGCUCUUGGGCCUUGCGGCCGCGCAGUCCGCGACGCUGGACCAAGCAACGGAGCCCGAUCCUUCUCCUCGGCUUCUCCCCUCAGCUGCUUCCUACCGCUUAGCAGUUCUCGCCGGUCGCUGUGACGAGGAGGCCGGAAGCCAGCAACUGGUGCAGGCCAUUUAUGGCACUGAGCAUGUGUAUGUGAUUUGCGCUCACCCCAGCCAACGGUCUCUGCUGGAUGAUUGGAUCCGCCGGCAGCGUUACCCCAACGUCUUCAUCAUGACAGACUUCCAGCGAGAGGGGAAGCAGUACGAGGACUUGCGUUUGGAGACGGUGAAGCUGCUGCUGGAACACAGUUGGCGGCAGCUCAUCGACUUGGACAGCGGAAAGGCCAUCAAGGCUCUCGACCAGCUGCAAAUGCCGUUGAUCGCCAGGUGGUUUGCUGCUCUGAAUGGCAGCAGCUUCACGGAUUCGAAGUCCCAAACGAUGGCACUGAGCCGAAGACAUGUAGAAGAGGCCAUUGCGCGCUGGGAGAGAAAGGAGAUGCAGAAGCUUUGGAAGUCCAAAGCCUCAUGGCUAGGCUUUUGGCGAGAGUUCUUGUCACAAGAGCUUUGCAGCCUACAAGUUCAGGCGGUUCUUCCAUCCAUCCUGGAACAGAGCAAAGCAAAGAAACGGUCUCCAGCCACCUGGGCACUCCUGUCUCCCUCGGCUGCCUUCGAUGCGGGCGUGAAGUUCCAGGUUCUGAGCGCGGACUGGAUGAAAACCUAUGAGACCUUGAGCUUCUGGCUGCUCCACUCCCUGUUGGUCGAAGGCCAUCAACACCGGCUCACUGAACUACAAAGACUCCAACGUCGCAGCCGGCGCCCUCGCUGGGCACUCCGGUUGGAGCAGUUCAUGGCGCAGGUGACCUUCAGUCCAGAGAAUGGCACCUGUGCGAUCCGAGGCGCUGUGCAAGGUCUUCAGUUGACGGACUGCAUCAUUGAAUCGGAGUUCUUCUUUAUCGAGCGGCUCUUUAUCAUCGACCCCUUUCCCAUCAGGACGAGGCAAAGUGGGCGCCCAGCAAGCUUUCCCUUUAUAUUCCGGAUCGGCAGCGGCUGGGAUGGUGACCGCUUUGCUUUCACUGGCUUUCCUUCUUUGGUGCCCAGCUCAGCGACGGAUGAUUUGUGGAUGGUCCUUUUGCCAUUGAUUCAAGCAGAGUCGCAGGCCUGUCAUUGGUGGACUGGACUUCUUGAAACCCGAUGGGAAGAUGAGGAUGGCAUUGUCCAUUUCAGAGGUGGAGGAGAGCUGAAAGAAGCGGUCCCAAUCUGGGAGCGCUACUUGGGAAGUCAGCUAACUGCUGGCACAUACACUGUGAAAGUCUUGGUGCAGGGUGUGCUAUUGGCCAUGCGCCACUUCGAAGUUCUGCCUGAUGACAUUGGCUCGAUGUCUCCCGCCCAGCGUCUCACACGCUUUCCCCAGUACUUCGAGCUGGCUGAAACGGGGAGCAGUGAGAAGCCCUUUGAAAUCAAGGCUGAAUCUUCCAAUGUCGAGGAGAGGCCGCCCGUCCCAAGGUUGGCGAAGAAGGGCAGUUCGCAUGUCCCAAAGUUUGAUGACCGACAGUGGUUGCAGAAGGACGUGGAGGACGCGUGGGGGUCCGCGCGGCGGAGCCGGUCCUCCAAGAGGACGGCAAAAGGAGAGGAAGGGCGGUGGGCCAAAGAGAUUGAAUGGAUUCGAGCUGAUGUGGCACGUGGAAGAGCAGCACGGGAGCGACUGGCUCCUCUCAAGGCAAAGAAGAUUGAAGGCAAGGGGUUGAAAACAGAGGGCCCAGUCAAGGCCAGGAGAGCUGAAGUCAAGGCGCGGAAGAAGGCAGACACCUUUGCAGAGACAGAGAAGACACUGGAAGAAGUUGAGGGCGACGUGGCCCCAAGGGCCAGGACUGUCGCCCACUCGAGGAGGGCAGAGCCGAGGGCAGAGCCUGCCCGACGGAGCCUGCCCAGCGAAUCGGCCAAGGUGCUUGUGGAGCCGCGCGGGCCCCCGUGGCCUCCCAACGAGAUGCAGCAGAGGGAGAGAGAAUGGAUGGCCAAGGAGGCACGUCGACUACGCGCCAUGUUGCGAGCGCGGGCGCAUGAACCUCCAGCCCAAAGCACCAAGGCGUUUCCUCAGCCAGAACACGCGCCCUUCGACGACGAUGCGUGGAUCCAACACGAUGUGCAGCAGCACGAGCCUUUGAGGAGGGCGCGCUGCGAAAGAUUGCAAGCGUUGCCCCACACCCUUCUGAAGAAAGAGGUGCAUGGGAAGUUCCUGGUCUCUGCCUGCCAGCAGCUCUACAACAUCUCAUUGAUCCAGUCGCCCAAAGGUGAGCCCAAAGUGGAAGGCUCAGGCGUUGCAAAGCCACAAGUCGGAGUGGAAUCCAAUGAGAUGAGGACCUUUGCUCAAACUUUGGCAGAAGUGAAGCGGUUCAAGAAGUGGGCCAUGGUCGUGAUGUCCCGCGGUGAGACGGUGCACCUGCCGGACCGAGAGAACCGCAGUCAGACAUCACCUCAAUUGGCCAUCAUGCCCUUGAUCGACCUCGUCGACCAUCACCUCCCCAUCCCCGAGAGAGCGCUGUUCUCCACGGAUGACCUCCUGAAGUACCAGGAGAGCGAGUCCUUGACCAACAUCUCUUAUGAUUCCGAUGCCGCCGCCGUGACCCUGAAAGCGAAGCAAGAUUUGGCUGCAGAGUCAGCCAUUACUGUGGGCUACGGUGUGCGCUCCAACGCUGACUACUUGCUGUACCACGGUUUCACGAUGCCACAGAAGUGGAGUGAAAUCACGCUUUGCACCCAGUACACCAUGAUCGAGCUGCCUUUGCCCACGGAUUUCCCCACCUGGAAGUCCAGGUAUCUAGCUCACUCCUACCGCUUUGCUUUGCCCGCGUGUCCCAGCCGCAAGUCCACGCCCCAUGUGGCAGUGGGUGCUGCUCGAUUCCUGGUGGCCAGCGAGGAGGAUGUGGUGGAUUUUGAAGGCAAGCUCCAGCAGGACGCAUCACUCCUGGAGGGAGCUCAAGUCAAUCGUGGCGACAAGUUUUUGCGCCUUGGCCACAUCCAGUCUGUACAUCCAGUUCCCUGUCGGGGUGCCGAACGUGGAUAG